AAGGCCCUUGCUGUUGAGCAACAUUGGGAUGGUUGCAAAGAUUUUGCCCGUACUAUCAGAAAACAGCCCCAAAUGAUCAAACUAGCAAUCUAUUGCCCAACGAAAACAGAAGAGGGUCUCUUCUAGCACUUGAUCCUGCUGAUAAAUCCCCUUUUCUUGGAGAGAUAAUACCUGGUUCAACUCAAUCAUCCCUUGAAACUAACAUGUUCAGAUCGCCAGUGUUUCCUCAUAAGGUGUCCUCGACAGACUAUCUUUUCAUUCGUUCAGCAAAACAAAAGCUUUCGAUAAGGCGCAUUGACAAUAUCAAUGUGGUUGGCCAGCAGGUUUGUUCUUGGCUAUAGUCUUUCUAGAUGCAUCUUUUUGCUGAAGUUUGAUUCAAUUACGGUCGAUUGUAUCCUCCUUUUUCCUUUCCCCCGAGAAAAAUUCCAGGAGCCUCUGAUGGAAGUUAUGUCCCCUGGGAGUAAGGAACUUCGAUAUUAUCUCCUAAACAAGGUUGUGGUGCAUAUGUUCAGUGAGUUCCGUGCUCUGAAAAAGCACAACUUGACUCCAUGCAUUCUUGCGGAUGAGUUAGUUUCACAUUUCCCGCAUCUCUCUGAAGCCUUUCACCGGAAUAGGUUGAAAAAGAAUGGAUUUGCAGAUCUUAUGGUAUUCUUCCAUUUUUGCUGAUGAAGAACAGUGCAUUAUUGCCUUUGUUUGGAUUAAUAGCUGACCUGCGGACAAAUGUUAUUUACCUUUAAAGUUUGCUUUCGCUUUCCUGGUUGCUUAUACGAUCCUCUGCUUUAGUAAAAGCAUUUCCUUAUGCAUGUAUGUGUAUAUUAUAUGAUAUGUGACAGAGGGGACCCACUGGACAAUGGAUCUGGAAGUUGAGAUCAAAUGUCAACAUCCCAUCGGAAGAAGUAUUGAGGAAACACGUGCCACCAGAGAAAGUAUGUGUCCUAUGCACUAUGAGCCAAAGUUCAUCCCUUGAGCAACUCAUGCACGGAAGAUUUGAGUUAUUUUAUCAUUUGAUUUGCCAGUACUCAUUAUCUUCGGAGCAGUCAAGUCAGUUUAGAGAGUGAGGUUCGUUGUGUUUAUCUCAUGGUUUAUUUGUUUAUUGGCUCUCUUCCAUCUAUGGGUUUGUGCCUAUGAAAGUAUGCAAGCAGGCCUUUACAGACUGAAGCAUUUAGGAAUCACAAGACUGAUGAAUCCCACUGGCAUUGCGUCAGCGAUGAGUCAGCUUCCAAAUGAGGCAAUAGCUUUAGCUGCUGCGUCACAUGGUGAGAGGGAACGGCAGAUCACUCCUUGGACCUUAAGUACCGAUUUUGUUGCCUGCACAAACCAGGUAAAAGAAAAUCUCGAGCGCUUGAAAAUUUCCGGUAUCGGUGACCCUUCAGGUUGGGGCCUUGGCUCUAGCUAUGUUCGUAGUACUUCCAAGGCACCAGUUUCUAAUGCAAUGACAGAAAAAAGCUACAGUUAAGAGCACCGCAGUUAUUGGCACAGAUGCUGAUCUACGUAGACUGAGCAUGGAAGCUGCG